AAGAUAUAAAAGUAAGGUAAGUAGUAAGUAUAAAUAAAUCAAUCGAAGAUCAGGAAAAAUAUCAUUAGGCAGUAGUGUAUAAAUUUAAAAGUAAAGUUUUUUUUUAAUUUUGUGGUUUUGUAUGGUCUAAAACAAUCCUUAUAUUAUGUGAGAAAAAUUUUGGUGCCUAAAGUAAAUUUCGCAGUGCGUAAAGUGAAUCACUUUACACACCGUUUUAAAAAGAGCUCCUUUACACACACUUUUCGGUGUGUAAAAUUUAACUUUAGAGAUUCGAAGGGUCAAUAGAAGUUAAAUUAAACAGCAAAUAAUAUGCACGAAUUUUCAAUGAACAACACAUCAAUUUUUAAUCAACAGUCAUCAGACUUUCAGUUUCUUUCCGCUUGUCACUACAUUACUAUUCUCGGCAUAUAUUUUUACAACAAUGAUUUAAUUACACUUGAAGAGCGAAAUCAGACUGUUCCUGUUCUAAAUACUUUCUUUGAAUAUAUCAAUAAAUCGAAAAAUGAAACUGAGGCAAAACAUCAGCUUCUAAAAACUAUAUUGAAAGGAAGUGAUCUAUAUGGUGGACAAGGAAAUGAAACACUUGACAUGAAAUACGUAAACGAAACAUAUCAGUACAUCAUUAGCACAACAUUGUUUUCUCACUAUGGCAACAUUAAUGGAUACUUGGCAAAAAUAAUUAACAGGGGAAAUAAUACAAAUUACUCAUAUCUCAAGGAGAAUGUGUUUCAACAUCUCUCGGAAAAUUACACAAGUAGGGAAUACUGUUUGGCAAAAAAUUACAGUUUGAAACUUACACCAUUGACAAUUAAAAAAGUUUUUCAAGAUCACAUUUGGACAAUUUUUCCCCAACCUGAACAAGAUAUGAGUAUAAUUGAAGUGAAUUAUAUAUACGCAAUGGUAGGUUUAAAAAUAAUCAGAUCUGUAUCAGCAGACGCAGUGAGUCUUACGUUCCAGGAAUAUAUUUUAAUUUCCCGCGAAAUUGAUUUGCACAAUUUCAGUAAUGAAAUCUAUGAAAUGGUGUUGAAAUUAUUCUCAACUCCUGCUUUAUUUUUCUACGCCUUUAAUCAAAAAGUUAAAUUUCGAGAAAUAGAUUAUACUCUAAAUGAUGGAUUUUGGAAUGAAGCUUAUGAAAAUCUAUUUUCACAUAUCAGUUUUACUGUGAAAAAAAUUGUACAGGAAGAUAUUAAAAAUAGUUUGCAUUACAAAUUGGAGAAGAAAAUCAGUGCUCUAAAAAGUCGAACGUUUCGUGCCACGGAAAUACUUAGAUUUUAUUGUGAUUAUGAGAAUUAUGCACAAGUACCUGUAGUUUAUGUGCAAGCGUAUAUGACUUUCUACCUUUGGCUAACGAUUCUUAUUCUUCCAGAUCAUUGUCUAAUUGGUGAUCUUCCUGAUUUGGAAAAAGUAUACGAAGAUCAGUUUAUAGACGUUAGGGAGACGUACAAUGCAAUUGAAAAAAAUGCAAUUGAAAAAGUCUUAGUGGAUGGAAAAAUGGUAGAAAAAAUGAAUUUCAAUUCUGUUAUGCUCGCACGAGUUCCUACCUAUCCAAUGCAUUGCAUGUAUUGUCCACCUAUGGACCGAAGGACAAACAGCAAUAUUUAUCUUUUGUUCGCAAUAAAAAAAGAAGGGGAAAAUGAUUUUUAUGCACUUAGACAAGAGAAUAAUACUCUGACCUUACUUACAAACAGUGGAAACGAACAAGAGUUUUCUAGAGCAAUUGCUAAUGAUUCUUCCUUACAGAUGGAAAAUGAAAUAUUUUCGAAAGCUCUUAAAUAUAGGAAUGAAGAUUAUGGAAUAUUUAUAGAAAGGGUUGCGGAUAUAAAAACAACACAGUUUCUUAAAAGCCUUAAAAUGUACUAUUACGAUGAAACGCUUGGGGAAAAAUUUCUGAACUACGUGAAAUCUCUUAUUCCAUUUUACAAGUGUAUUGAAAGUGCAAAAGCAGGCAACGUGGUAGGAGCGACAUUUAUUUGUUCUAUGGAUGUUCUUAGUCUGAUUCCACUUGUGGGUUUUGCAGCAAAAUAUACAGCUACACUAAGCAGUAGCUUAACGGUAGAAAUUGGUAAAAAGUACUUAAUCACUAAUACUCUUGUAAGAGCAGGAAUUAUUAACAAAUUGCCGAUAACAACAGCGUUGAAUGAAAUUUCAAGAACUGCUGCUCGAACAAUCGCAACUGAAAUUCUCACUAAAAGACUCUUGAAAGAUUUAGCUGUAGCGUCUAUUCGAACAGUGGAUCCUGGAUUUGAAUUGUCUUACCAAGUUAGUCGCUUUGGGUUUCAAGCACUUCGCAACCUAUUUCGAAACAUGAUUUCCAAUUUUAAGAACAUUCCCGCAGUUAAAAGCACAGUAGCAUUUAUAAAAUCAUUAAUAACAAAUGUAAAACAAAAUUUAAACGUUCCUGAUCAGAUGGGAUUACUACCACUGGUUCUAGCAGAGCAUAAUGGUUACAACCUUGUUAGGUACUUCUAUCCCGGUGGAUCACAAUUAUUUGGACCUGCCUGUGUUCAAUCGUUUGGAAAAACCGCCGAAUUAAGAAGCAUUGAAGGAUAUUCAUUCCAAAUUCCAGUUGUGCCAGUUAAAUCAAAUGGAGCAUUUUCUUACAAACAAUACAUUCCGGAAACUGGUAAAAUAACAGAUAUCGAAUUUCAAAAGGGAAACAACGACGUUUUACAUCGAUUAGGGGAACUGUUAAACGAAUUGGUUAUCGGUGGACAGAAAAUAAAUCUGUUACACAAUUAUCAUGUCUUUCAUCAUGAAAUAAAAUGGAACAAAGUACCUGCGAAGGAGCAGACCGAAAUUUUUCAUCAACCUAUUGAAGAACCCAAUCAGGAAUCACUUCAGAAUCCCGCGAAUACACGAGAAAAUAUAAUGGAACAGCACACCAAUUCUCAUAUUCAAGAGAACUUACCUAACUCUAAAUCUCCAAUUACUAUGGAAGAAAACACAGGAAAUAAAUUUCCUCAAGUAACAAAUUCCGAACUUCCGGGAACAUCAACAGGAAUUGCAAGAAAAGAACACGACUAUUCACAAUCCCUUGAUCCAUUAUACUCUAUGAAUAAGAAAUAUUUUGUUAAUACACCAUCAUUUCUUAAAUUAGAUAUUCCAGAAAUGAAAAAAAUUCUACUCGUAGAAGAUGGAUCAGUAACUCAGGUACAAUAUCGUCACAAAAAGUUUGAUGCAGUUCCGGAAAAGAUUAGAAAAGUAGAUGUUGAUGAUAUUCCGGGUACAUCGAGACAAUUUGUAAAAAAUGUAGAUUCAACAAUUAAUAACAAUAUCAUAAGAUAUCCAAUAUACACAAAAGAGGUGGAAAUUUUAAGGAUGUUGAAGAAUUAUGGUUUAGCUUUUAUAAAGACAAACAAUGUGGAACUAAAUUUCCUACGCACUACUAUUAACAAAUUGGCCCUCCUUCAAUUGGAGACAGGACUUUCACAAAAAGCAGAAAUUAAUUUGUGGUACACUCAAAUUGUAUACGGACAUUUUAACAAAGAUGUUUUAAGACAAUUGAGAGGAAAUACUUUCUUCUUUAAUGACAUUACUCUAUUAGAAAAUAAACCACCCGGUCCAUUUGUGAUUGAUAAGAUAAGACAAUCUUUGGAAGUAGAAGUUCGAUAUUACUUAACGAUUGAUUCUUCAUAUUGUGGAUUUGUGGAUUUAACUCAUUUUCAUGACGAAUUUAAAGGAAAUUACAUCACAUUCAGCGACGUGUUAUUUACAGUAACGGAUUCUUUUUUUAUUUUAUCUGAUAAAAUUUUAAUUGUUCAUCUCAGAAAUAAAGAAAUGUCGAAAGAUUUAUGGCAGCACUUAAGACAACGAGAUAUUAGCAAUUUAUUAAACGAGGAAGUAAUUAAAGAAACUGCAAGAAUGAAAACCAUCUCAAAAGUUGCCAAUUUCAUUAGCGAAAAUGCACUUCUACAUACAUUCAAGACAUCACAAAAUGUACUUUCAAAUUACAUUUUAAACAUAAAUCCAAGUGGUUUAAGCUCUGUACCAACAUAUGAGAAGUUAGCUCACGAUUUAAUACAUUUGAAUUCUUUGCAUUCUUAUAAUGAUUGGAAAAUAGAAAGCAAUAAGUAUAUUCAAGAUGUGUUAUUAAAUUAUAAUUUAGAUGAAAUCACUGAAUUGAGUGAAGCAAAAAAAAUAAUUAACGAGAUUUAUGAUUUUGUUUAUACUCAAAAUAUAGAAGAGGCAUUUGAAAAUUACAGAAAGAUAGUAGACGUUAAACGAUAUCUUCGAUUUGAAGAUUAUUAUGUAUUAUAUUCUUCCGCGAACAACAAAUUAGUAAUGACUAAAGAUGGAGUAAGACGAUUUGAAGCUGCAAUUCAUCGACUUGCUCUUAAACAAUGUAGCGAGGAAAUAAUUAUGAAACCAAUUAUACUUUACCGUGGUGAAAAGCUGGAUAUGGAGAUGUCUUUAAAGCUUAAAUCAAUUGACAAGAAUAAUAUUAUUAAAUUUGAUAGAUUUAUGAAGUUUUCUGUAAAUCAAAUUGUGGAAGAAUCAAAUUGUUUAAACAUGGUGGGCACAUCAUCACAAAUUCCGUUAUUAAUGGAAAUUAAAAUAACAAAUCAUAUAGGCGUUGUGGACAUUAAUCGUCUUUUUAAUGAUGGAAAUCCAUUUCAUAUAGCAACAGCAAAUUUUGAAUUCGUAUUGAAUGACAUACGCUUUAAAACAAUUAAAGGUAGGAAAGUGUUGUAUAUGAAACUUUCUGAUUAUGAUAGUGGAAUAGAAAAAAGAAUGGUUCAAAUGGCAAGGAGGCUUCAUGAGCUAUUUUCCACAGAUACUACGUUUUACUCGGAUAUUGUUAGAAUCUCGCAAUGAUAUGGUAUUUUUCUUUUGUUAAGAAAAAUCAUAUUCGAAUAAUAAUUACAAAAUUAAAUCAAACAAAACCAAUUAUCACUUUAUUAUGGUGAAAUGAUUAGGAGAUUUUUUAUAAACAUUAAUUUAAUUAUGUAAGAGGGAAAAAGUACCAUUAGAUUCUUUUAAUGUGUAUUCUUGUUAAAUCUUGUUUAAUAAUAAAUAUGUUUUGCUAAAAAAAACUGUGAUUUAUUAAAACCAUUUAAAUCUUUUAUUGCCUAUUGCUCUUAAUUGUUAAAAACUUUCAAUAUAUUUUUACAAAUAAGAUUCAAAUCUAUCAUAUUUGAGUCUUUUAAAAGUGUCAUGUUUUAUUAAUUUUUCAAACUAGAAAAAUACAUUGUAUAUUUUGCAACAAUUUCUAGAUUACAUUUCAUAAAAUAGAAGUUAAAUAAAAUCUUUUAUUUACAAAUAUAUGAUUGAUCUGUACAUAUGUAUAAUUAAAUAGUUGUAAAAAACUUAUUAAAAAACGCAAAAUAAAUGAAGAACUUUACAUAGGGGAAAGUGGGGAGUUGUGCUCCGGGUUUUGUUUUUCGAUUAAAACUAUUACCUAUAUAAAUUUUUUUUU